AUGUCUUCCGCCCAGCCAGAACCAUCGCGGCUGCACCCGCGUCGCCGGCCCAUCUUAAACACUGAAUUGCCCACCCUGUCGACCGACCCUGUUGAAUCUGAGAUGCGACUGAAGAAAGGAGAGACCUUCCACACUCCCACCUCCCCGCCGUCCAGUGACAGUGAUCCAGUCUUGAACCUUCGGUCACUGCCUCGUCGUUCGCCGACAUCUUUGGAAGCGAUCACCGCCGCCGAGGAGCGUAUGACUUCUAUCCUUGGUCGUCUUAGCCUCAAUACCACCGAGGAUAAACAGAAAGCCUCAGGAAGUACUGUGCCUGAUACCAUGCGCAGAAACUCUAAUUCCAUGUCGAACCUCGGUUCCUCGAACGAGGAGAAAAGGACAGAGCAGGAGCAAGAUCAUAGUCACGAUUCUGACAGUGGCAUUGGGUCAUCGGUCAGCAGCGAGGAAGAGCUCUCUGAUUCAAACAGCAAAGAUAAUGGUAUUCACGACAAACAAUCUGCCAUUACAGACUCUAUUGCCGCAUUUGCUUCAGGAUCCUCAUCCAAGCGUCAACUAGGCCCCGCUGCCUGCAAGCAAAUUGAACGAUAUGUUCUUGUUCCCAUCCUCAAAGAACCUCGCCUUAAACCGUUCCACCCACUGGUACGAAGCAUUCCUCAACGUAUUGUCAAUAAGCAGAUUGUCUGUCUGCGGGAUCUUGAAAAAACCCUAUUGUGGUUGGCACCGAAGUCUGCAAACUCUCGACUCUCGUAUCUCAGCUUCUGCGAGUUCACUAUUCAAUGCUUGCAUACUUCGGCGUCUCAUCUUAACGAUCGCGAUCAACGACUACCUGCCGAUCGCCCUUAUACUAACGGAUACUUCCUUGACCUUGUUUCACAGGUUCGACGAUACGCCGCCAUGAUUCGCGCUGAGCGUGAGCGGGUCCCAGCGACCCGGGGCGGCAAGCCCGAGGAGAAAUCUAAUCUGGUGCACCAAGCUCAUCUGGAACAUGGCAUUUCCAAGGACGGAAAGCCCCUGGAGCUUGUCGUCAUGCAAGAUGGAAAGCCCAUUUCCAUGCUGACUGGAAAGCCUUAUGAAGUGGAUUCUUCCAUUUCGUCUAGUUCCAUCAAGCGUACCAUCAACCUCGACGAUGCAGUCGACGAGGGCGUGCAGCGCUCGAUGGCUCGCCGCAAGAAAAAUGCUCCUCCUAUGGACAUUAACCAGAAGUGUUCCCACUGUGACAAGGUGUUCAAGCGCCCUUGUGACUUGACCAAACACGAGAAGACCCACUCUCGCCCCUGGAAGUGCGAGGAUACUUCGUGUAAAUAUUUCAAGGUUGGCUGGCCCACCGAGAAAGAGCGCGACCGCCACAUGAACGACAAGCACUCGGAUGCCCCCAAGCUUUUCCGCUGCGGCUUUGAGCCAUGCACCUAUGCCUCGAAGCGCUCGAGCAACUGUAAGCAGCACAUGGAGAAGGCUCAUGGAUGGAAAUAUGUCCGAUCCAAGAACAAUGGUCGUAGUGGCAGCACCGGCAGCAAGCGUGACUCCUCUGUCCAGGCAACUCCUCAGACACCCAGUGUCUCUACUCCUGCCUCCAAGGUCACCGACUUUGCUACCCCAAUCACUGGGCCCAGCCCCUCUCCCAGCGACCAGACCUACAACUGGCCUGAGAACCCCAACUUCAACUUUGCGGAGCCUCCUGCGCCUCACAGCGAUGACUUCCCCUUGUUCGGCGAAUCCCCGCCUUACUUGAUGAAUGAUGUCAACUCUUUCCCGACUUCGAUGAAUCUGGACGGUUUCCAGGCUCAAUUCGGGGCUGGCGACCCAAACAGUCUGAUUCCAGCGCUGGAAAUGCACCGACAGUCCAUGAACUCCAUGUCUGUCCCUUCGUCAGAGUCUGUUCCCGAUCUGAUGGGACCUGUGUCAUUUGAUGGAUCCCCUCUCGCCGGAACCGACAGCAUCAACUUUGACCUUGAGUGGAACAACCUCGAGUACCCACUCAACGACGAGUACAACGCUAUGUCCAUGCGUAUGCAGGCGCCUACCCAUCCCAUGGAGGCCAUGAAGGGUUACUCGAACGAGUUCACCCAGAUGAACAACAACCAUCUGUCCUACGCCCUUCCCACCAAAGUGUCCGGCCUCUCCCCGGGUGCCCAGGGCAACGCGAUGCUGUACUCUCCUGACUCAUCCAAUGUCGGCGACACCCUCUCGGAGCGCUACGAAUAUGCUCUCCAGCCCCAGGCCGGAAACGAUUUCACUCUGUUUGACCCAAGCUCCCAGAUGGGUCAUGCUGCUCCCCGCAUGACGCAGACCAACAGCAAUGAGGCACUCCAGUACCACCGGACCCAGCAGACUAUGUUCCAUUCUCUGAAUGAGCAGCAGCGUGCUCUCAUGAACUCCUGGAACGGACAGCCCAUCCAGGGCCACUACCUGCCCCGCGACAAUAUGGAGAUGGAUUUCAAGUAA